UAGAGGAUUAUCAUGAUCCUGGAGAAAAUAGUUAAGCUUAACUAAACCGUCAAUGUUCCAUGAUCAGAUAAUUUAACUCCACAGAAUUUAUUGAUAGGAAGAAUCAUUCAAUGGUGAGUUCAAUGUUUAUAGACGGUAGCUAAUCCCUUGAAAGUCAAAUUUCAUUGGUUCAGAUUAUCUCCCAAGAAAUUUGGAGUGGUUCUUUCAGAAUCCCAGGCCAUCCCACUACUAUACAAAUAUAUUUAGCAUAAAAGCUCCCCUUUUUUUUUUCAGAAAUUUGAUGUUCUGACUUGUAUUCAUGCAAUGAGUAGCUUUUUAUGGCACCCAAUGAUUAGAAACAACAGCAUUCCCUUCUCAUAUCUUUUCUUCAUAACCUUUUUCUUAUUCAAUCCGUUACUUUGCAUUACCAACCAUCCAAUGAGAACAAUGGCAGAGAACAGACAGCAACUUCGACCAUAUUAUAUAUAUGAAGGCCAUUCUAAGUCCUUUGCCACAAUAUGAUACAAAACAUCAAGAGCACAACCAUGUUGAUCUCUUCCUCAAACUACUUGCAGCAUUUUUGCAAUAAGGGUUUCAGCUUGGAUCACAAAGAAUUCCACACAGAUAAUGAUCUUUUUCCAUCACUUGGAGCCACGAUAAAUCAAACAAUCAAACACGGGAAGCACAUUAUAUCCCCAAACGAUCCUCAUUACAGGCUAUGGGAGAUGUUUAUGAUACUUCUUGUUCUCUACUCAGCUUGGAUCUGCCCAUUUGAGUUUGCAUUUCUGAAAUACUUGCCAAGUGAAAUUUUCCUUGUGGACAACAUAGUCAAUAGCAUUUUCGCUAUUGACAUCACAUUGACCUUCUUUGUUGCUUAUGUUGAUCACAAAUCCUACCUCCUUGUUGACAAUCACAAGAGAAUCGCUAUCAGGUACCUAUCCACCUGGUUCAUCUUUGAUGCAUGUUCAACAUUUCCUUUUCAUACAAUAAGCCUCUUCUUCAAUAGACAUGGCAAUAGCCUUGGCCUCCAACUUCUUAGCAUGCUUAGACUCUGGCGAUUGCACCGUGUCAGUUCCCUGUUUGCCAGACUUGAGAAGGAUAUUAGACUCAAUUAUUUCUGGACACGGUGCAUAAAACUCUUAUCAGUGACUCUUUUUGCAGUUCACUGUUCUGCAUGCUUUAACUAUAUGAUUGCCGAAAGAUACCCAGAUCCAAAAAUAACAUGGAUAGGUGCAGUCAUUCCAAAUUUCAAGGAAAUUAGUCUCUGGAUCAGAUAUGUAACAGCAAUAUACUGGUCCAUUACAACACUGACAACUACAGGCUAUGGCGACCUGCAUGCAGAAAACACAAGAGAAAUGUUGUUUGAUAUUUGCUACAUGCUCUUUAAUCUGGGCUUGACAGCUUACCUCAUUGGAAAUAUGACAAACCUUGUUGUCCAUGGGACCUAUUGCACAAAAAAAUUUAGAGACACCAUCCAAGCUGCUUCUGAAUUUGUAUCAAGAAAUAAGUUUCCAAAACACAUAGAAGAGCAGAUGCUAUCUGACAUUUGCUUAAAGUUCAAGACAGAGGAACUCAAACAGCAAAAGAUUCUAGAUUGUCUCCCAAAAGCCAUUCGAUCAAGCAUAGCCAAGCAUUUGUUCCUUCCCAUUGUUCAAAAAGCAUACAUUUUCCAGGGGGUCUCACUUAAUCUCAUUUUUCAAUUGGUGUCGGCAAUGCAAGCUGAGUAUUUUGCACCGAAUGAAGACGUGAUACUCCAGAAAGAAACACCCACAGAUCUAUAUAUUAUAGUAUCAGGAUCAGUGGAGAUGAUAGCAUAUUCAGGAGGAACAGAACAAGUACAUGGGAAGGUAACCGCAGGAGGAGUAUUUGGGGAGAUAGGAGUUCUGUGUAAAGUUCCACAGCCGUUCACCAUCAAAACCAUUGAACUAUCCCAAAUUCUCAGACUUGAUAGGACUGCACUUUUUGACAUCAUUCAGGAAAGCAAAGAAGAUGCAACUAUUAUCAUGCAAAACCUUAACCAGGUACAUUUAAUAUUUGACAACACAGCUUAG